CGCUUGGUCUCGUCUCCAUGGCGACGCGGCGGCUCCGGCUCCUCGCUCCGAACCCAGCGCAAGCUGCCAGCAGAGCUGGCUUGGGGUGUCUGCCCUUUCGAUGGCCGGCGUGAGAGGACCACAAGCGGGUUCGGGCUCUGCGGCCCCCCGGCUGCCGAGGCGGCGCGCGAGAAGUUUUGGCCUUGAAUUUUGUAUUCCAGAAAUUCCUAGGAAUUAUCUAGACAAGACAGAUGCUAUAAAGGCACCAAAAUAUAGACAGAAUGGCAGGUUGCUUGUGUUGGAUCCAAAGGAAAAAGUGAUGAUUGAACCAAGUGAAACAAUGUCAAAUAAAUGCCUCUUUGAACGCAGACCAAGAUUAGCAAGCAAACUUUAUACCUCACCAGCACAAGUCUCUCUGAAUGUAGCUAAGACAUUCUCAGAAAAGAAGGAAGUCUCUUCAAAAAAUAUUGAAAAUAAAGUCUCUUUAAAGAAUACUGAAAAUAGAGUAUCUUCAAAGAGUAUUGAGAAUAAAGACAUAGAAACAAAUCUACAGUCUAAGCUAUGGUCAUCUUCCUUCUUAAAAGAAAGCAAAGGUGGGGUUGGCAAAGAUGCAGUCAUUGCAGAGCAGGAGAAAAUUAGUGAAUAUUGCCUUCAAGAUAUUGAUGAUAAGUUGUCCGAAUCAACAGAUGACGAUGGUGAAGAUGAUACCAAUGAUGAAGAUAAUGACGAAGACAGUACCUUUAAUAAGGAUACUCAUGCCCCAUUAGAGUUAAUGGCAGAAUUCCUGAGAGCAGAAAUGAGCCAAGACUACCAUUUGGCAAAAAAAUUAUGUCAGAUGAUUCUAAUCUAUGAGCCAGAAAAUCCUGAGGCCAAGGAGUUUUUCUCACUUAUUGAAGAAAUGUUGCUGAUGGAGAAAACUCAGACUCUUGAGGAAGAUGAUGAAGAUAGUGAAGAAGACAGUAGCGGUGAGAGUGAAGGGGAGAGCAGUGAGGAUCUGAGUGAAGAAAGCUCCGACGAGUGUGAAGACGAGUGACGAAAGCGGCCACUGUGGUUUAAUCUUCAUGUAUUUUCAUUUCUGUAUAUGAUGGAAACAUAAAGAAGG